AUGUCAUCUGCUAUGCCAGCAAAAACCUUGACAGAUGCUCAUAUCAACUACACAUCAAUGGAAAAAGAGAUGCUAGUAGUGGUCUUUGCCUUCGAUAAAUUUUGUUCUUAUCUGAUUAGUUCAAAGGUGAUAGUCUACACUGACCAUACAGCCGUGAAAUAUCUGUUUGAGAAGAAGGAUGCUAAACCUAGGCUAAUUCGAUGGGUUCUGUUGCUGCAAGAAUUUGACAUAGAGAUUUCAAAAAAGAAGCUGCUUCAUGAAGCGAAAUUCUAUUAUUGGUAUGAUCCAAAUUUAUACAGGAGAGGGGCAGACCAGAUCAUUAGGAAAUGUAUGCCAGAGGAUGAGAUGAAACCGAUCCUUUCACGGGUUCAUGUUUCGACUUAUGGAGGACACUUUGGCCCAACUAAAAUAGCAACAAAGGUGCUUCAAUGUGGUUACUUUUGGCCUACACUGUUUAAGGUGGUGGUGGUGGACUUCAUAAAGAAACACAUCUUUAAGCGCUAUGGAUCACCUAGGGUCAUAAUAAGUUAUGGUAGAACUCACUUCCGCAAUCUGUUAUUCCAGGCAAUGCUGCAUAAAUACGGGGUACAACAUCGAAUUGCCACUCCUUACCACCCUCAAACAAGUGGACAGGUGGAAACCUCGAACAAACAAUUGAAAAGAAUUCUGGAGCUCACUGUGAAUACAUCUCGCAAGGAUUGGUUAAAGAAAUUAGAUGAUGCUUUAUGGGUGUAUCGCACUGCUUACAAGACACCUAUUGGAAUGUCCCCAUAUCAACUAGUCUUUGGAAAAGAAUGUCAUCUACCAGUGGAGUUUGAGCACAGAGCGUACUGGACAUUGAAGCAAUUAAACAUGCACCUUGAAAAGGCUGGAGAAACAAUAAUACUAUAG